CAUACUUAUGAGACAAAGAUUUCAUACAAUACUAUUAUGUUUUGUGUUUUCUUUGAAGGAGAUAUAUGAAAAAUAGAAUUAAGAAAUAAUUUUACAAACACUUAAAGGGCCGAGAGACCAUAUCAAUUGAUUUUAUAAAGAAAAUAAUGCUAAUGAGGUUCAAAUCGAGGCUCAUGUUAUAUGCAAAUGGCGGUGUUUCUUCUCAACAACUGUAAAUUUCAGGGUUGUGGCCGUGCUUUUCCAACUUUAGCCGAUCUUAUACAUCAUAUUGAGAACUCACACAUAGAUGUUGAUCCCAAAAAUCUUGAAAAACAAGAAGUUCAACAGCCUUCAUCAUUAGCACUGAGUUACAUUUUGAAGCAUUUUACGAAGGGAAGUGUUCAGAUAAAGAAAGAAGUUCUUGAGGCAAAAAAGAAGUCAUCAAAACAAAGAGUUCCUUCACCAUCAACACUUCUCAGAAGCUCUACGCCAACUGGCAGUGAGUUUGGAGAUGAUGAAGAUUUGUGCAGUGAAGAUGAGGACAGCGAUGACUCCUAUACGACACAGGAGGAAUUUACCACAGAACUCAUCCUGGGGAUGAUGCAGAAUCUGAAAGAUGGUGAUGUGGACAAGCCAUUUGCCUGUCCCGUCCCAAACUGUAAGAAACGUUACAAGAACGUCAAUGGCAUGAAGUACCAUGCCAGACACGGUCACAGGAAAGAUCCAAGUCUUUUCUGCAGAAUAAAGAAAGCAUUCAAGUGUAAAUGCGGCAAGAGUUACAGGACAGCUCAGAAGCUACGUGCCCACAUGAUUGUCCAUCACUCGACUACAGACCUGCUCAAAAUGUCUGUUCAACCUUCUACAGCCUCGACCACACUUUCCCUGCAGCAGGUUUCCACAGCAAACCAGGGAAUGACCAACGCGAUAUUUUCAGUCUCGUCAUCUGGUACACAAUCUGGCCUAUCAAGCGCCUCAGUGACUCAGACCAGCCUCUCUCUGGUUCCUGUUACCGUGACAACAACAAAACAAGGGCAGAUCACUCUAGCUAGCACUGGAGCAACACUACAGUUGAUUGGCUGUCCUCAGGCAGAAAUGAUGAAGUCUGAAAUGAAGGCCGAGUGAAGAUGAAUAAGAAAUACAAUAGAGGCUGAGUAAAAGUGUACAAAACGAAAUUAUAUUUUUUCAAAUUCUUAGUAUUACUCUUUUUCUCUAAAAGUUUUGUAACAGGGCUUUUUGGCACACACUUGGUCUAGUGCUUUUCACAUCGGCAUAAUACAUGAUGUGAGCUGGUUUUUACGAUGAUUGCUAAAUGUAUGAAAUCUUUUAAAUGAGGAAUGAAUACCUGUAGUAAAUAAAUGAUAAACAAUAUUUAAACAGGGCAAGAAACCAGUUUUAAGAAGUACUAAGUAGUCCAUUGUAAAAAAAACUUAACUGUUUUUGGUUUGAUCAAUGUUAUUCAAAAUUUUAAGUGAUUGGUCAAUAUUUAUCCAAUGAUUACUAACCAAUCGAAUUAUUUCAAUGGGUUAACUAGCAAUAUGAUAAGCAUUCAAAACGCCUUGGCCAUUUUCCAUCGAAAACAACCUCUGAAGUAUAUGGAUGGUUUACAAUGUCAGAAAUCUUUACAUUUAACUAUAGUACAAGCAGAUCGUGUAGUAAUUGAAUAAUUUCAAUUAAGCAGUUAAACUUAAUGACUGUACUCAUACCGGUUGAAAUCUCAAUUGUUUAUGCAAUAAUUCACUUCACUAUCAAUCAUUUUAAACUUAGUAAUACAAAAUACACAUUUAAACCCUACGAUUGAUUAACACUAUUGUUUUAAAUUUUUCAAACAACUUCUACUUCCAAGGUUGUAUUUCAAUGGAAAAUAGGAAAGCUGUUCCAAAUGAAUUAUAAUCUGUGGACAUGUUUUAUUCAAUAGGCUGCAGCUUUGCAUAAAUGAAAAAUAUCAUGUUUGGUUGAUGGUCAUUUUCAUUUGCUAUUGAGAACACUUAUAUGGAUAACAUUUAUAAAAAAAUAAAAAAAAUCAUUUAAAAAAAAAAAAGAACAAAAGAUUUACUUUUAUCGAAGCACUCUUCUAUGUAAACUUUGAUUUAUCAACUAUGAAUAAUUAUAAGUUUUCAAUUGUUAUUUCUUUGAAAUAAAAGAAAAUUGAUUAAGACAUUGGUCUUUGUGUACAUGAAAAAGGUAUGUUAACAUUGUAUUACGAUGUUACAAAUUUUUUAGCUAAAAGAAUCUUUUUUUGAAUUUUGAACCUCUGAAAUCCAGCAAGUAGAUAGUGAUACACAGUGUUACUGAUAUUGUGCAAUAUAACUUCUUUGCAGAAAUAGUGCUAAAUUUACUAUAAAAUUCAGCAAUUAGUAUGACUUAGUUUACAUUUAAUGACUGAAUAUGUUUUUGUCAAUUCUACGCAAGAAGUGACUUAAAUUUCGCAUCUUAAAAAUACAUCGAAAUUAAAGAAUUUAAUUGUCAUCCAUUUUUUUAUCAGCAUAUUUUUUCAAGCAUUAUUUCUGUGCCUUUCGAUGGAUUUAUGACUUAAAAUGGAAAGGUGCUCUUCAUCUUAAAGCUUUAAAAAUCUUGACUUCAUCAGGAAAAUAUCUAUGGAGAUUUUCUGUGGCGUGAAUUGAAUAUUGUAAAAAAAAGUAUGUUUCAUGUAGAAAAAGUAUUUGAAUGUUUCUUUUCUUAUUGUUGUUUUUUUCUUCUGUUAAAUUGUCUUUAUGAAUACAAAUAGGGCAAAAAUUGUUAUUAAAAAUAAUUCAUGUCAUUUAAAGGGGCACAGUAUAUGUUGAUGUAAAAAUUCAUAUGCCUUUUCGUUUGUUUUGAUCAUGAAAGUCAAAUGAAUAAAACAUAAUAAUGCAAUAAAAUUAACCCUUAGGCUGCUGAUGGCGAUUUUAAAUGCUUUGUAAACAGCUUGGAACCAGACCAGACACCAAGUAACUCGGCGCCUGGUCAGUUUCCAAGCUGUUUGCCACUCAGUCAAUAUAUCCCCAAAGUUUUAAGUAAAAUGAAAGAAAUUUAGAUUAAACCAGACGACAUUUUUGAGCAGACGACAAUUUACCCAGCAUGCAAAGGGUUAAUAAGAAAAAAAUAUGCAUCAACAUGUUUUGUUCCCCUUUUUAAAAAAAUAUGAUUCAUGAAUGCUUUCGCUUGGAAGUCAUUAAAGAUGUUAGAAAUAAAAUAUCUUUCACAUAAGUGAAAAUAUUAAUUUAAGUAGCAAGUCACAUUUCUCUGAUUAAAAUAUUGAUAGAGUUAUUCCCCUUUGGCCAAUUUAGAGCGGAAAAGGGUUAGCAUUGGUGAGUGCUUGCAAUCCACUUCAUGUACAUAUUUCAAUUAAACGAUCAUGUUUCUUUUAUUGCCACUAGUUUGCCACUUAUUUCUUUGUACAGUUAAUUUUGUAUAUGUAUAUUUAAGUAUAUAUAUGUAAUAAGUUAUUUCUUUGCAUGUGAUGUACAUGUAUUCUCUAAAAGUGCAUAGUAUGUAUUUAUUUGAAGAAAAAAAAAAUUAUAACACUAUUCUGUUGUCUUUCAUUUGCAUGUAUAUAUAAAUGUGCCAAAAAAAAAUAUUAAAAGUUUGAAAAUGAUCAAAACAUGUUGUAAAUAGUGAAAGAAGUUGAGAACUAUUUUGUUUGUAAAGUUUGUCAUUGAACACUGUUUUCAUAUUGUUUUUGCCAGUUAUGUAUUGAUUAGAUAUUGUUUUGUUCUUCAUGGUUUUGGAGAGUAUCUUUGUAUUAUUUUAUUGUUACAGCGAAAAUUGUUGUUAAAAAUUUGUUUAAAAUUCUGUUACGCAUAAACGCCCACACUCAAUGAUCUGUUUGACAAAAUGCACUUACAAAGUGGAUUGUUAAAAUUUAAGAAUGUAACUGGAUUGUAAAGACCCAGAGAAUUUGUUCAGUUCUUUUUUGUUCAAACACAUAUUGUUAACUUUGAACUUUUGAAUUUAGUUUGUGAUUUAAAUGUUUGAUUUGCUGUCAUGGUAAUAUUGGUAAAUUUCUUUCUUUUUAACAUGGUAGGUGUAUGUGUUAGAGAAUGAGUUUCUUAGCAAAAGUUUUAGCCCCGCAAAUUUGCAAAAGAUAAGAAAAUAAAAGGGAAGCUUGAAAUUUAAGUUAUGAUGAAAUAUCAGCCUUAUUUAAUAUAAAUAUAUACAAAAAGAGUUCUAUUUCAUCUAACAAUUUCUAAUAAUAUGAUAUUAAAACUAUUUAAAGGUUAAAAAUAGGAAUUUUUGCCUUUUUUUGCUGUUUUCAGGGGUAUUAUAGAACAAAUGUAUGUGGCCACAUACUUUACUGUCCAAAAUAUCCAAACCACAUAUUUUGCAUUAGAAAUGCUUAACAAAGGCUAUAUAUAUAAGCUGGUGAAGGAUGCGGACACAAAUAAUAAUAAACAGUUCUUAAAGUUUAUAUUUUAUUUUAACAUACCAGUAUGUUUCAAAUACCACAAUGGUUUCUUCUGUUUUUAUUAAAAAUAAGCGGGGCAAAAAUAGAGCGUUUAUGAACUUUUUGGAAAACGUUUGAAAAAAAAAAAUGAAUUCUAAGAAUUUUGAUUUUUAAUCCACUUACUGGUUAUUGUUCUACCUUUUCCGUCACACUGGUGUUUACCUUAAUUAGCUUGAAUCAAGGUGUAAACAUAUUUUAUCUUGGAAUAAUUUUGGCCAUGUUUAUCAAUGAGCAUAUGACUAAAUAUCAUAGGGAAUAUUUUUUUGUUAGAGAUUGCCUUAUAAACACUUACUGGUUUGAAAGAGUUAUUCAGAUUCAAACUCAAUAGACCAAUACAACAAUUUGUGUUUAGAAAAAAAAUAUAACAACAUGAAUUUACCAGUUCGAAAAAAUGAUUGUACGAUACUUACUUUGAUAAUAACUGGUCCCACAAUGUAUUAUAAAUUUAUUUGAUUUUGUGCAAUAUAUUAUCUUCUGUAGAUUGUUUUGUUUUUUCACGAGGUCCUUCUGGCGAUAUUUCGUUCUUUGCAACUUUUCAAGAUUAAGACUUUCUAAAGCCAUUGUUUAGCCAUCGAAAAACAUCAUUAAAUUAUUAUUUCCCUAGGUUUAAAAUCCAUGACCUGGUUGAUUUGUAGAAAGAACACAAAUAUUAAAUCCUUGUGAAAUUGUGGUGAUCUGCAAUAUUCUGUAUUUGCAAUAACAUCGAUGUACUACGCAAUACUGUAAAGAUUUUUCUAUCAUUAUUCAUUCAUUCCUAGUACUUUCGAGCAUGAAAGGAUAUUGAUUUAUUUCCAUGUCUCUUCAAGUGGGUUUGCAAGAUAUUUUGCGUACUAGUUUAAUUUCAUGUUUAAGAUAUCAUUUUUCUGCUUCAGUCUUUCUAUAAAAAAGACUCUUUCUUUUAAGAUAUUUAUUUUUUAUGUGAUUGGACUUAGUUUGUGAAUAUGUAACAGUUUAACUUCAGUUCAACAUUAUUUUAGUUGUAGUUGACCAUUUUUUUCUUGACUGUUCAGCUUUUCAGUUAAAACAAAACUGUUUUUAUUAUAUGAUGAGAUUAUGUGCAAAAUAAAAUGGCUGGUCCAUUU